AUGCUUGGCUGGGGUAUUAAUCUUCAUGGUCAAUUAGGAUUAGGUCCAGCGGCGGUGACAAGUUUUAUUCCAACACCUCAACGCAUAUCAUUCUUCAAUGAUCAUCCGUGUAUUCAAGUUGCAUGUUCAUUAACACAUUCGCUAUUCUUGCUCGCCGAUGAAUAUGUUUAUUCAGCAGGAAAUAAUGAAUACUCACAAUUAGGUAGAGAAGGACGAACGUCUGUCCCCGAAAAAGUGAUUUUACCACAAGAUGAAAAGGCAGUACAGAUUGCUUGUGGACAACAUUUUUCAAUAUGUUUGACAAAAAAUGGUAAAAUCGUCGUUUGGGGUUCGAUUAGUGGCAGAGUAACGAAUGACGAUGGUCUUUUCUAUCAAAAGCCCGAAUACCUGGGCGGAUUUGUUGGAAAACGAAUAAUACAAAUAGCUGCAGGAUACACUCAUGUUCUCGGUUUAACUGACGAUGGAACUGUAUAUGCAACUGGUUUGAAUACUCAUGGACAACUCGGUUUAGGGAAUACUGAUGAUUGCGUUCGAGCAAAUCCGAUUGGAUGCCUUCGAGGUAGUCCUAUUAUAUUUAUAGCAUGUGGUGCUUAUCAUUCGUUGAUUAUAUCGAAAAGCGGGACGAUAUUUGCCUGCGGUUUGAAUGAGUCAGGACAGUUAGGUCUUGGUGAUACAGACUCUCGUGUAUGGCCAACGAAUAUUAAAGCGUUACAGCAACAAAAAGUGACUUAUGGGUCCUGUGGAGAGAAACAUUCAGUUGUUGUAACACUCGAAGGUGGUGUAUUUUCAUUUGGAUCUGGUGUACAGGGUCAACUUGGACAUAACUCGACAAAUGACGAACUUUUACCAAGAAAAAUCUCGGAACUAAUGGGUACAGAAGUUUCUCAAAUUGCAUGCGGAAGAUCUCAUACGAUUAUAUAUACGCUAACUGACGGACAAAUCUCGACAUUUGGAUUAGGAUGUGCAGGACGUACAGAAACAAAAAUAACAUCUUCUAGCAGUAUUCCACAAAAAGUACUAAUAAAUACUCCAUUUUCGUCCUAUAAAGCUAUGAAACAACUGCAAAAGCAAGUACCUGUAGACAAAACGAAUUCACUGUCAUCACGCCGACAAAAGCCAAUAGAAACAAAAGUUUCCUCGACAAGUCUUCAAAUCGUAGGAAUAUUUUCAGGUGGAAAUCAAAUCUUUGUUCGAAUUUCUUCACGAGCACAACGUCCCGAUGACCAUCGCAUUUCGUAUACAGUUCGACCACUUCUAGAAUUAACAGAUGACUUCGCUAAAUGGCUGCAGCAUAUUCCUGACAGUUCAGAUGGUUUCAAAGAGGCUGAAAGGAUACUGUUACGAUUAUUCAGCACAGAAGCAUGUUUAAACGGUUCGUUUCUAUGUCUACCCGAUGCACAUUAUCGUACCUCAUCAAAUUAUUCUGGUGUUGACCUGGACAAAGUGGAAGCUGUGAUGGAAAAACUACGUUCGUGUAAUCCAAAAGUUCAAGAAUGUUUAUUCGAAUGCGUUCAAUCCAUACUGUUGUCAUUACCCGAAACAGCGCCAUGUUUUGAAGCAUUACGCAUAUACUUAAUUCUCCCAUUCUGUCAUGUGUUUGAAAACGAGGAAUCAUUUGAAACUGUAACAGCACCGUUUGCUCAAGCUGCUACACGUUUGAAAAAGACGGCUGACGGAAGAGUUCUCGAUUACUGGAUAUUACAUAUCGGGAAAAAAUUCGUUCAAAGAAUUAUCGAAUUGUAUAAACCUCUGGUUAUUAAAAUUAUUCAAAUCAACAGUAUGGGCUCAGCUCUAGCAGCCGAACAAUAUCACACGGUUCUCGAAGCUGUUUUAGAAUUAUUAAAGAAGGUUCACAAUGUUUCAUGCAAUAUGGCGAAACCAGAAUUAGUCGGACACGAUUUGUUUUAUAUGAAGGAAUUGAAUGACAUGAUCGAUAUCAAACGUGAUUACGAUUUCUGGCUCGCCCGUCAAAGCUGUAUCUUAGAGCGGAAAAUGGUUUCAUUUUGUGAUUAUCCAUUUCUAUUCGAUCUCAAAGCAAAAAUUCUAUUACUCCAAUAUAAUGGUCAAUUGGAGAUGCAGGAAGCGAUUCGAAAUGCGUUCAUGCAUAAUUUUCAAACGAUGCUUGGUGCACAUGUGGAUACAGUCAAUCCAUUGCUAAUUCUACACGUCAACCGCGAGACAAUCUUGAGGGAUGCAAUUGAUCAACUUGACAAAUACAAAGAUGAAGAUUUCAAAAAACCUCUACGAGUUUUUUUUCAGAAUGAAGAGGGUUUAGAUGCUGGUGGUAUACGGAAAGAAUUUUUCCUAUUGCUCACAAAAGAAAUUCUCGAUCCGAAAUAUGGAAUGUUCAAAGUGUACGAGGAAACAAACACAAUCUGGUUUAGUGACCUUUAUGAAAAAGAAGAAGAACCAAUGUAUAAAUUGAUCGGUACUCUCUGCGCGUUGGCUGUAUAUAAUAUAACAAUCAUUGAUCUGCCAUUUCCUCUGGCUUUGUAUAAAAAGCUUUUAAACAAAAGCAGUGUGGACCUCAACGAUAUGAAAUCGCUUUCACCGACAUUGUAUCGAAGUUUAGUGGCGUUGUUAAACCAUAAAGAAGAUGAUCUGGAGACCACUCUUUGUUACACGUUUGAAAUCGAACGUGAUGUGUAUGAUGAACGACGUCGAAUUGAAUUAAAACCAGGCGGAUCUUCGAUAAUGGUGAAUCAAAAGAAUAAACAAGAAUUUAUUGACCUAUACAUUGAUUAUAUAUUUAAUAAAUCGUGUGAAAAACAGUUUCAAGCAUUUUCCGCCGGCUUUCGUCGUGUUAUUAAUUCUAAGCCAUUAGAAUUGUUCUACCCCGAUGAAUUGAUGUCUUUUGUUGUUGGUAAUACAAACUAUGAUUGGAAUGAGUUUCAAAAGAAAACCGAAUAUAAAGGAGAAUAUCAUGUUAAUCAUCCGGUGAUUCAAUGGUUUUGGCAAGUGUUUCAUAAGUUGGAAGAUAAUGAAAAGAAGAAAUUUUUACUGUUCCUAACUGGCUCUGAUCGAGUACCUGUUUUUGGAUGGAGCCAAACUCAGCCGAUGAUAAUCCAACGAAGCCACACAGACGAUGCACAUCUACCUGCUAGUCAUACAUGUUAUAAUGUGCUCGAUUUGCCAUCCUAUUCAUCAAAAGAAGUCCUUAAAGCGAAACUACUUCAAGCAAUCCAGUACAACAAAGGUUUCAAUCUUGUUUAG